AUGGUUAUCACAUUACGUCCGCUGCCGCUUCUCACGACAAGUCAAAUGCUGACUUCCACAAGACUCCAUCUCUCAUCGCUCUCCUCAUCUGAUGGUUCCUUCUCACGAACGAUCAGCACCUCAACGACACCCCAACUCUCUCCUUUCACUGGCUAUGACUCCCACAGAACGCCCUUGGAAACAGGCAACAGCCGGAUCACGUUGCGUUUCGAAUGUCCAUCUCUACGAGACUCAAGAACCUCAUCCGUGUACCCAAUGGAAAUAACAGCCGGAGUACGUUACCCUUCGAAAGCCUACCCUUACAGGUCCCCAAAACUCCAACUCACAACUGCAUUUCAACCGACAGGCCCUGGCCAAUCGUCAGGCAAGCACACGCCGGAAGAUUUCGACCAUGGAUUGUCGCAACCAAACAUUCGUUCAACAAGAACGUUGAACACCGAUCAUUGUAUAUGGAGGAACAUCCAACGGGGCGCUCGUCAGUGGACCAAAUACUGCCUCACUCGCUCAGCCGGCAAGGUCCACAAGCAUGCCCGAAGUCCACAAUCCUACUGCCUCCAACUCCAACAAUCCGGUCUCAGCAGUUCCAACACCUAUCCCACCUGUACCCAAAACCCUGUUUCUCAAAGUCCGAAGAUCAAACUUCCCCUCUCAACUAGUUGA